UUGUAUUUUCAAAGAAUAGUGUUUUGUUGUUUUCAGUGCAACGAUCGUGAGUGAUUGAAUUGCUUGAAUUAUUGCCUAGGAUGGCCACCAAGCUUCCUUCAUUUCGCAGCCAGUUGGUGUUUGAAAAUCGGCGAGAUGAGCAACUUUCUGCUGCCAGGAAUAAGCUGGUCACGGAGCAUCCAUUCAAUUGUGCUGCAGAAGCUUUCAUCCCUGGCCCUAUGUCAGCCUUGGAGCGAAUUCAAAAUCAGUUACCGGAUGAUGCCAAGUAUUUCAAGGCCGAAGUGCCGGUAGCUAACUUUCUUCGUGUGGAUUUCAUUGCCAAUCACUUGAAGAAAGGCUGCUUACAUGGUGUCAGCACUGGCUGUGGAGUGGAUCGAGAGGACUGCGUUGCCCUCAUGCCGAAUGGUGAUCUUAUUCUGUCGCUCACCAAGGACACCUAUUUGGAGCUGGGACUGGAGGGCAAGUCAUCGACUGUCCAGCCCGGAGCUCGACACAUUGUUGAAGUCAACCUGACAGCAGCUCACUGUCAUCCGGACAAGAAGUACUACAAGCGCGUUCUCUGGUGCUUAACCGAUCGCCUGCAGCUGGUUUUUCCGUUCGUAUUGGCCUACUCUAAUCCAGGUGACGUGAAUGCAGAGCGACUGUCGCAGGACCUGGGCGUGCCGUGCCAGCCCUGUGACGUGAAACGAACGCAGCGCUCCUGGUACCACCUGGCCACGCCGCGUCUGAACCAGGACGUCCUUGCCUACGCGGCAACCCAGACUCAUGGCCAGGCCACGGAUAGCACAGAGGUGGCGGCGACCGCAGGCGAUCCACCAAGCUCUGGCGCAACACCCGACAGGGCCGUGGCCGAUCAGACGGUUGAUGCAAGCGUGACAGAGGACGACGUGAUACAUGCAGCCGUUGAGUUUCACGACUGGCUGGGUGCAAUGCUGUGCGGAAUUAAACUGGAUGAGCGCGCCUGCAGCUCUGCUGCAUCGUCCAUGGGAGCUCUGGCGAAUUCAGUGCAUACGAAUGAGUGCGCCAGCGUACGGUGGACAGGCUGCUUGUCCUCGGAGAGUGUCUCGUCUACUCUGGGAGCUCUUCGGCAACUGGUGUCAGAUGGCAAUCUGCCCUGGGCAAGCUUGUGCGUGUGGGGAUUCCACGACAGUCCCGUGUCGUGGCGCCGUGUGGAGCAUGGCUACAGGCAGAGUGCGGACAAUCAAUACACCGUACUGCUGCUGCCACGAGGACAAUACUGGGUGCUGGCUACGUCUCCACCGUGAUCUGGUGCAGGGUGUUCGCAAUGUGCCGUUCCCAUGGUCACAGUAACCCGACGACAGUGUUAGUCUCAUGGCCUGCUCCGGUCAGAAUGCAUUGAGAUUUUCUGCUGUGUGCUAGUACCGUAGUGGCGUAGCACCACUGUCACACCGUAGUGUGAGCAUAACAGCAAGCAUAACAGCAAGCUACCACUCUUUCGUCACUGUAGUAACUCUCUUCUGGCUGUUCAGGACGAGCAGCAUCCGUAGUAGAGCUGCUUAGCAUGUCUUGGCAUAUGACCUACCGGUGGAAGCAGUGUCCCUUGAAGCCAGUGCUGUAUUGUAACCUUGCUGCAAUAUUCAGUGAGCUCACGGCCUUUACACGUAGCCUAUGAAGAAUAAUUGCCACUUCCAGCUCUAUCGCACUGUGUGCUAUAGGAUCCUAGUGACAGCUGAGUGAAAGGGUACACGUGUGAAAUUGUGUUUUGCCCUGUUUUGACUGCAGGCAGUCUGAAUAAUUAUGCCCGGUCAGAUCAUUUCCCCGUCAGCUACUUUUAUUCCCAUACUGUAGUUUGAUAUUGCAUCUUUUUUUUAAAGGUUUUUAUGUUGACUUGCGAUAAACAACGACCAACCAAUUAUCAUUCUAGCUGAAGUGCUGGCAUGGUCGCCUGUGAAAUGCAA